AUCAAAUUGAAUGAUCCCCUAUUAUUUUAAAAGGAGUAGAAAAAUCUUUAUUUAAUGUUUACAUUCGUGAAUAUUAAACAAUUAAUUAAACAUAUAGAUUAAUAGCGCUAAUUAUGGCUGCUCCAUCGAAUAUUUCGGCUAAUGUGAUUGAUAGACCAUCAAUUUUUGAAUUAGUAGCAGCGCAAUCGUUAGAUUCGACGUUUUAUCCUGCAUUUAAGAAAAUUGCUUUAUAUAUAGGUGCGAGGAAUCCUGAAAAAUUCGCAGUAAUUGUCAAAUAUUACGAUGAAUUGUUUCUAAUUUUAAAUGGUGCUGUACAACAAUAUUAUUUAAGAAAAUACUGUUCGUCAAUAUCUGAGACAUUUUAUGGACUUGGUAGAUAUAAUCUUAAAACAUUCCGUUUUGGAAAGAGAGAUUUUUUCGUAUCUUUUGCAUUUCUUGUGAUUGUACCGUACUUAUUUAGGAAGCUUGAAAGUCACAUGAAUAGAGUUAAAGAAAAGUUACAAGACGAACUUACUAUUGAAGAUAAAUAUAAAGUUCUUGGACUAUACAGCUAUCGAGUCGCGAAAUCAACUUAUGAAUUCACACAAAUUAUUAAAUAUAUCACUUAUUUAAGUAAUCGUUCAAAGACGCACAAUUUGCCUCUGUUCCUAUCUAGUAUUAGCUUAAAGCAUGGUAAUCCACAUCAAGAAACAUUCUCGUUUAUAGACAUAAUUAAAGGCAAUGUCAGGUUAUCGACCGUUUUAGGAACGACUAUUUUAAGGACACUCGAAUUUGGUGGAUUCUUUUUACAAUUUUUACAAUGGUAUCAAGGUAGUUCUGCGUCUCAAAAAAUCAUUUUGCAACUGCCAACGCCCGAUCCACCUACGCUGGAUAGAAAUGCUACCAAAUUUUCAAACAUUUGUCCAAUAUGUUAUCAAUCGUUCGUCAUUCCAACGACUUUGUCAACUUCUGGCUACACAUUCUGCUAUAAAUGCAUUACAAAGCAUUUAAAUAAGAAACCAUAUUGUCCAGUAACAAAUCUACCUGCAAUCAUUGAUGAUCUAGUUAGAAUUUAUGAUAACUAGGUGAUAUUUAAACAUAAACUUGGUGCUUGCUAUUUUUUAUGUGGGAUUUUUUUUUUAAUAUAAUAAUAAAACGGACUGGUUAAUUUAAUUAAUAUAAAAAUUU